CUCAAUCACACGCAAGCAAAGCACCCUUCGAGUCUCUAUCUCUCUCUCUCUCUCUAUCUUGCUGGGGCACACAACCACGGAAUCUGAUCGGAGAAGGAAGAGGAGAUAAGCCCCCCCACCCCCACCAUUGUUCUGUAGUUCAUUGGCAAUGGCGCCGGCGGCGGACUCGAGCAAGACGGCGAAGCUGGAGCGGUACAACAGCUACAUCCGCCGCGUGAACAGCACCAAGCUCCUCAACGCCUCCUCCAAGCUCCUCUUCCGCGCCACCCUCCUCAUCGCCCUCGUCCUCGUCCUCUUCUUCACCCUCAACUACCCCCCGCUCUCCUCCGACCACGUCGUCCCCCACCGCCGCUCCUUCCUCUCCACCGCCUUCUCCUCCGCCGGCGGCGCGGCCUGGGAGAAGCAGGUCCGCCACUCCUCCACCCCGCGCCGCCCCAACGGCUUGUCCGUCCUCGUCACGGGGGCCGCCGGUUUCGUGGGCUCCCACUGCUCCCUCGCCCUCAAGAAGCGCGGCGACGGCGUCCUGGGCCUCGAUAACUUCAAUGACUACUACGACCCGUCCCUGAAGCGCGCCCGCCAGGCGCUGCUGCAGAAGCACCAAAUCUUCAUCGUGGAGGGCGACCUGAACGACUCUCCGCUGCUGACGAAGCUCUUCGACGUCGUCCCCUUCACCCACGUCCUCCACCUGGCGGCGCAGGCCGGCGUCCGCUACGCCAUGCAGAACCCCCAGUCGUACGUGGCCUCCAACAUCGCCGGCUUCGUCAGCCUCCUCGAGGUGUCCAAGAACGCCAACCCCCAGCCCGCCGUCGUGUGGGCGUCGUCGAGCUCCGUCUACGGCCUCAACACCGAGAACCCCUUCUCGGAGCUCCACCGCACCGACCGCCCCGCCAGCCUCUACGCCGCCACGAAGAAGGCCGGCGAGGAGAUCGCCCACACCUACAACCACAUCUACGGCCUCUCCCUCACCGGCCUCCGCUUCUUCACCGUGUACGGCCCGUGGGGCCGCCCCGACAUGGCCUACUUCUUCUUCACCAAGGACAUCCUCCAGGGCAAGCCCAUCGACGUGUACCGCACGCACGACGAGCGCGACGUGGCCCGCGACUUCACCUACAUCGACGACGUCGUCCGGGGCUGCCUCGGCGCCCUCGACACGGCCGAGAAGAGCACCGGCAGUGGCGGCCGGAAGAAGGCCCCCGCCCAGCUCCGGGUCUACAACCUCGGCAACACCUCGCCCGUCCCGGUGGGGCGCCUGGUGGCCAUCCUGGAGUCGCUACUCGGGACCAAGGCGAAGCGCCACGUCAUCACGAUGCCGCGCAACGGGGACGUGCCCUUCACGCACGCCAACGUCAGCCUGGCGUGGCGGGACUUCGGGUACAAGCCCACGACGGACCUGGCGACGGGGCUGCGGAAGUUCGUCAAGUGGUACGUCGGCUACUACGGGGUCCAGCCGAGGGCGAAGAAGGAAGCCCGCCUCAGCGCCACCAGCACCGACCGCCCCGAGGAAUCCGACUGAUCUCGAUCACGUUCACUUGGUCAUGGUGGUGGUGGUGGUGGUUUUCGCCCAUCUUCGCUUUCUUACUCAGUUCAAUAUUUUUUUUCUUUCCUUUCUUCAUAUUAUUACGAUCUUCGUGGGAUCGAAACUGUGUCUAAAUUAUUUCAACAAAAACAAUGUCAAAUUCGCCUGUAAAAGAGGGGGGACUCAUGGGUGUUUUCUUUGCUGUAGCAUAUUUUUAUAUAGGGGAGGGGGAAGAGAUGAUUAUAUAUAAAUAGAUUGUUCCACCACAUAGAGAAUAGAGAACAUAAAUAUUGUGAAGAAGAUGAAGAUGAAGAAGAAGAAGGGAUAAGAGGGAGAGAGGGUGUAGAUCUGUGAACUUUGGGAGGGGCAUGGGGGGAUUGUAAUAAUGUGCGGUAGGGUCUACCAAAAAGGGUGGUAGAUCACCGCUUGAUUGUUGUAACCCAAUGAAAGAAAGAGAGCACAAAAAAAAAAAAAAAAAAGAUGCAAAAGAAUUGUGAUUGAACAGCAAUAUGUUGGGCAUCAAGAUUCUUCUA